AUGCACCAGCCCUGCACCAACGGCGCUCACCUCAACGGUGACGCCGCCCGCAACGGAGACCUGCCGCCCGGGCUCCGCAUGAGCCAGACGGACCAGGAGAUCGUGCGCCUCAUCGGACAGCACCUGCUCUCGGUCGGACUCGAACGUAGCGCGACUCUGUUGAUGGAGGAGUCAGGGCUACACCUGGAGCACCCCGCGGCCGCCACGUUCCGUACACACGUGUUGGCCGGGGACUGGGUGAAGGCGGACCACGACCUGCGAGCGCUGCACGAUCUGCUGCGGGACUCGCCACAGGUCGAGCCUCACAACCUCGCCGAGAUGAAGUUCGUGGUGCUGGAGCAGAAGUACCUGGAGCACCUGGAGGCGGGCCGUGUGCUGGACGCCUUGCACGUGCUGCGGAACGAGCUGACGCCGCUGCAGUACGACACGGCGCGCGUGCACCGCCUGUCCGCGCUCAUGAUGUGCGCCGACGCCGCCGAGCUGAGGCAGCGCGCGCGCUGGCCGGGCGGGCCGCGCUCGCGGGCGCGUCUGUUGGCGACCGUGCAGGCCGUGCUGCCGCCCGCGCUCAUGAUGUCCCCGGGCCGCCUGCGCGCGCUGCUGGCCCAGGCCGCGGCGCAGCAGGCCGCCCGCUGCCGGUUCCACGCGGCGCCCCGCCCCGCGCCCCCCGCCCCGUCCCCUGACCGUGAGGACGAGCUCGCCGCCCCCGACCACAUCCCCUUCUCUCUCCUGGCAGACCACCACUGCUCGGCCGACCAGUUCCCCAUACACUCCCUGCAGGUGUUGAACGGUCACUGUGACGAGGUGUGGUACUGCAAGUGGUCCCCGGACGGCUCCAAGCUGGCUUCGGGUUCCAAAGACAACACCGUCAUGAUAUGGGACUAUAACCCCGUCACUAAACGAUUGGCUUUCAGGAAGUCACUGGAGGGUCACUCGUACGGCGUGUCGUUCCUGGCGUGGAGCCCCGACGGCCGACACCUGCUGGCCGCCGGGCCCGAGGACUGCCCCGACCUCUGGAUCUGGAACAUGGAGACGGAGCAGCUGCACCUGAAGAUGACUCACUCGCAGGAGGACUCGCUGACGGCGGCCGCCUGGCACGCCAGCGGGAACGCGUUCGUGUGCGGCGGCGCCCGGGGACAGUUCUACCACUGCGCGCUCGACGGCACCCUCAUCAACAACUGGGACGGUGUCCGUGUGAACGCGCUCGCGUGUCGCACGGAGGGCCGCGUGCUGGCCGCCGACACUCACCACCGCGUGCGCCUCUACGACUUCACCGACCUCACCGACAGGAACCUCAUCCAGGAGGAGCACGCGGUGAUGGCGAUGACCCUGAACGCGGCGGACACGCUGCUGCUGCUCAACGUGGCCAACCAGGGAGUGCACCUGUGGGACAUACGAGCCCGCGCGCUCGUCCGUCGCUUCAGGGGCCUGUCUCAGGGUCACUUCACCAUCCACGCGUGCUUCGGAGGAGCUCAUCAAGACUUCAUAGCGUCCGGCAGCGAGGACAAUAAGGUGUACAUCUGGCACAUCGACGGCGAGGAGCCCAUCGCGGUGGUGUCCGGACACACGCGCUGUGUGAACGCGGUGGCCUGGAACCCCGUGCACCACGACGUGCUUGUGUCCGCCUCCGACGACUACUCGCUGAGGCUGUGGGGCCCGCGGACACACCAGGCAUAG